UAGUCCGCCUCAGCCGCCGGCUCAUUACUGCCCGGGCACGGACCUAAGUUCAGACUGUCACUGCGCUCCUGCAAUACAGCAGUCUGUGCCACUGCCAACACACGCACACACAGAGUCACAGCUCCUCCAUUGUCGUCGGAGGGGAAAUGAAAUCAUUGUUUCCACAUCACAGAGAUCUACUUUCUAGAGAGCGUAGUUUAUGCUGCCUGUGUGUCCCUAGCACAGGAGACAUCUUGUUGGGGCCUAUUACUAUGGCUUGGUGCAGUAUUGUUCUUCAGGAAAAUGGCUGUUCCCGCACAUCUGCCUGUACAUAUUGUGGCGCCUGGGUCCAUCAAAUAAACCAAAAUGGAGUCCAUGCUAAACAAGCUGAAAAGCACAGUCACAAAGGUGACGGCGGAUGUUACCAGUGCCGUUAUGGGAAACCCUGUUACGAGGGAGUUUGAUGUAGGGAAACAUAUAGCCAGUGGUGGAAAUGGCCUGGCUUGGAAAAUCUUUAAUGGCACAAAGAAAUCCACAAAACAGGAAGUUGCUGUUUUUGUGUUUGACAAAAAGUUGAUAGACAAAUAUCAAAAGUAUGAAAAAGAUCAAAUUAUUGAUUCUCUGAAGAGAGGCGUUCAGCAGUUAACGCGACUCCGGCAUCCACGGUUACUUACUGUACAACAUCCCCUUGAAGAGUCAAGGGAUUGUCUUGCGUUUUGCACAGAACCUGUGUUUGCAAGCUUAGCGAAUGUUCUUGGUAGCUGGGACAAUCUUCCAUCCCCACUUCCUGCUGAUAUUAAGGAUCAUAAACUAUAUGAUGUGGAGACAAAAUACGGGCUGCUUCAGGUUUCGGAGGGCUUGUCAUUUUUACAUAGCAGCGUCAAGAUGAUCCAUUCCAACCUCACAGCAGAAAAUAUAAUAUUAAACAAAAGUGGAGCUUGGAAAAUAAUGGGGUUUGACUUCUGCAAUCCAUCAGUAAAUCCAACAGAACAAGAGACAAAGUUUUCGUGUAAAGAAUGGGAUCCUAACUUACCUCCGCUGUGUUUACCGAAUCCGGAAUACUUGGCACCUGAAUACAUACUGUCAGUAAGCUGUGACCCAGCCAGUGACAUGUACUCACUCGGUGUAAUCAUACAUGCUGUUUAUAACAAAGGGAAAACCAUCUUUGAAAUCAAUAAACAAGACAUUUAUAAAAGCUUUAGCAGACAACUGGACCAGCUGAGUCGUCUGAACCCAAAUAUCCUUACAAACAUCCCAGAAGAUGUGCGUGAACACGUAAAACUGCUUCUGAAUGUGACUCCGGCUGUGAGACCAGAUGCAGAUCAAAUGACAAAGAUACCAUUCUUCGAUGAUGUUGGUGCCGUGACACUGCAAUAUUUUGAUUCCCUUUUUCAACGAGAUAAUCUACAGAAGUCCCAGUUUUUCAAGGGGUUACCAAAAGUUCUUCCAAAACUGCCAAAGCGUGUUGUCGUACAGCGUAUAUUGCCGGCACUGACUUCAGAGUUUGUGAAUCCGGAUAUGGUCCCAUUUGUGCUCCCUAAUGUUCUUCUAGUGGCAGAGGAGUGCACAAAGGAGGAGUAUGCGAAGCUGAUCCUGCCAGACCUGGGGCCUGUGUUCCGGCAACAGGAACCUAUUCAGAUUCUUCUGAUAUUUCUGCAAAAAAUGGAUCUUCUUCUAACCAAGACCCCAGCAGAUGAGAUCAAGAAUAGUGUCCUCCCCAUGGUGUACAGGGCUCUGGAGGCUCCGUCAAUCCAGAUUCAGGAGUUGUGCCUAAACAUAAUCCCUACAUUUGCAAACCUAAUAGAUUAUCCAUCCAUGAAAAACUCAUUGAUACCAAGGAUUAAAACGGCUUGUUUACAAACAUCAUCUCUUGCUGUGCGUGUGAACUCUCUGGUGUGCUUAGGAAAGAUCUUGGAGUACCUGGACAAGUGGUUUGUACUGGAUGAAAUCCUCCCUUUUUUGCAACAAAUCCCUUCAAGAGAGCCUGCAGUUCUUAUGGGGAUUCUAGGUAUAUACAAAUGCACCUUUACACAUAAGAAGCUUGGUGUUACCAAAGAGCAGCUGGCUGGAAGAGUAUUGCCUCAUUUGAUUCCUCUUAGUAUCGAAAACAACCUCAAUCUUAACCAGUUUAAUGCUUUCAUGUCCGUGAUUAAAGAAAUGCUGAACAAAUUGGAGGCAGAGCAUAAAACUAAGCUUGAACAGCUUCAUAUGAUGCAAGAGCAGCAGAAAUCUUUGGAUAUAACAAGCCAGUUGAAUAUAGCUGCGGAACAACACACUAGUAAAACAAGUAAUGAGACUGAUAAAGUAUUUAACAUAGGACAAGAUUUUUUAACCGGUUCAAGUGAAAAACAAGAGAAUGGUCAAGUACCAAAGCAGAAAAGCAGGAUCUCGCUUACACUUGAAGAGAAGCAAAAACUAGCAAAGGAACAAGAGCAAGUACAGAAGCUGAAAAGCCAGCAGCAGCUGACGCCGAGCACCGUGACACCUGCCGCACCUGCGAAACAGACAAAGGAUUUGACAAAGACACUGAUAGAAAACAUGUCAUCUUUGAACAGUCUAUCAGGCAACAAUGCUAAACCUGCUGUGGGCGGCUUUUCUCAUGGCACUAGCAUGCCUGGAACUGUUGGAUUCCCAGCACCAAUUGACAACAUGAGCUUAAACAGAAACGUACAAAAUGGAUUAAACUCAAACACAGGGUUCCAAUCUUCUGGGUUCAGCUUGGGGGCCAUAAGUCCUAAUCAAAACUACUUCAGUGGUACAGUCCCCAUGGGAAUGAACAAAAUGACUCCUAUGUCAACCCCUGCUAACAUGCAGAACUUUAAUACACUUAGCAGUCCUCCAGGCAUGCUGCAGCAGAACUCAUUCAAUAAACCCGCCACUAGCUUGACGCCUUUGGACAAUCUGUUUGGUCCACAAAAACCCAAAAUGAGUAUGAACCAGAUGUCGCAGCCGAAACCGAAUCCCUGGCUCAACCAAUUUGCACCACCACAGGCUUCUCAGGCCAUGAGCAGCACAGUAACACAGACGGGCAUAAUGGGACAAACUGGGUUUGGUGCGGAUUCCAACCCAUUUUUCAACCCACAGAGCUUUACACAGCCAACAAACACAAUGAAAAAUAGCAGUUCAGCUAGCAAUGAUUUACAAGACCUUUUUGGCUAAUAAAACAAAAACUUUCAAAGAAUGUUUUUUAAUCAUGGUUGAUCUGCUUGGUAUCUCUUGGUUCUGUUCUGCCAUUGUGAUUUUUCAAGGUUUCUGAAACAGUUUGUUUUAUUUUCUUUUUCCUUAAUUUUGUGAUGAUCAUGUGGUUGUAUGUGAUAACCUGACAUCACUAAUCAGACCAUUUUCUUUUUGCUAUGAGGUCCUUAAUCUAUUAGAGCUCAUAACGUCUCCAAAAAAAAAAAAUUGCCAUCAAUCACAAGAAAUAAUUAUAAUUCUGAUGAGUAGGCAACCGCUAUUUUUCUAGAUGAGAGAUACAUAACCAUCUGCUUUCUCGGUUUACUCUAUUUCAUCUGCUGACCCGGUUACCAGAUAAUCGUCAUUUUCUAUUAAAGCUAUAAACUUUUUUUGUGAUGAAAUCAUUUUUUAAAAUCUUAAAAUUGCCAUUACAAUUUUAGGAGCUAAGAUUGGUGAACAUAUGGGGGGAUAUUCAAUUGUUUGAAAAGUCAGUUGGGUGUCUGUUUUUCCUAUCUAAUAGACAGGAGAAAACAGACACCCAACCAACUUUUCAAACAUUUCAAAUCCUCCCAUGGAGUCAAUUGGUGACAAAAUCAAGAUUAUUAUUUCACUGCCGAUUGCCUUAUGGCAAUACUGAAUUUUCAAAAGCAGAUAGAUAGAUAGAUAGAGAUAGAUAGAUAGAUAUAGAUAGAUAGAUAGAGAUAGAUAGAUAGAUAGAUAUAGAUAGAUAGAUAUAUCUCUGUCACUUUUAAACUGCUGAGAAUCAUAUUCUAUUAAUAAUGAGAAGCACUUUGUCCAGUCUUAAAUCCAAAUAUUAACUUUUUUUUUUCUUUAAAUGUAUCACUCAAGGAAAACAUUCCUAACUGUUGUGAGCAUGCACCCGAAUACAUGUAGCCAGAAAAUUAUAUUUUCUCUUUUUAAAUCAUGCCAACUUUUCUUGAAGUGACAGAAAUUGGAUGGACUGUUACAAACCUAACGUGUUCAACUAGUUUCCUGUUCUAUAACAUUUUUAUUCAUGCAUCCAGUUUUUUUACUUAGACUUGUUUUUCUUUAUCUUUCAUUUGCUGCUAUCAGAUUCUGUAUAAUUGUUUAAAAGUGCAUUUAUUCUUUAGUUGCCUUUAGCACUGUUUUUCUUAGAGCUUUCUUAUGUAAGUAACAGCGACAAAGUCACAGUAAAAGGUGUACUACCAGAGGUGUCAGAACGGGGAGGGCAAGAGGGCAGCACGCUACCCCCCCCAAACAUGAGAGAGGCACCGCUGUACUGGUGGAGCAAUGCUCAGUCAGGUAAAAAACUGCAUACUGCAUCCUCCGUGCAGUGUGAGAGAGGCGCCAAUGUACUGGAGGAACCAUGCACAGUUAGGUGAAAGACCGCACACUGCAUCCUCUGUGCAGUGUGAGAGAGGCGCCGAUGUACUGGAGGAACGAUGCACAGUCAGGUGAAAGACCGCACACUGCAUCCUCUGUGCAGUGUGAGAGAGGCGCCACUGUACUGGAGGUGCAAUGUGUGGUCAGGUGAAAGACCGCACACUGCAUCUUCCGUACAGUGCAGGGCAGCCUUUUUGUGAUAUGUAAUGUGCUCCCAGGUGCCAAGCCGGCUCCCCACUGCUGCGGUCCCACGCUCUUCCUACCCCCAUUGUAGCACCUCCAGGCCUCCUACUCCCAAGAGGCUCCGCCUCCUUCCAAUGGUACCUUCUCCUCCCCAGUGGCUCUGCCUCCAGGGGCUCAGAAAUGGGAUUAAAUUCCCCCCCAUCCUCCCGACCUAAAACGUUCUGACGCCCCUGUGUACUACUACUGGGUGUAUUGCUACUAUAAGUCAGCUCUAUGACACAAGAUAAAAUGCAACAUGUACAGAUAACAUGGGCAGUAACUGGCAUAGUGGAAACGGUAGAUGUUGCUUGUCUCACUUGCCCUAUAACAUUAGCUUUGCAGAAGUUUCUAUUCUUCUCUACGUAUGGAUUCCAUAUGAGUUGUAAAUGUUACUUUGUGUUUCUAAACUGUGUUUGCUCUUUUAGAUUUGGUUCUAUUUACAGUCACUGUAUAUAGCUGAAACAUGAUUAAUUUCACAGUAUUGCAGAAACCACCGCACAUGAGUUUCAGAAAACAAAUAACAAUAGCAUCCUAAAGUUUGAUUACAUAAAUCAAUAUACAUUAUUAAAAUGUGUUGUCAUCCUAAUUACGUCAUUUGUAUGAUUAGUGUCUAUAAUCUGAAAUAAAACCCUUGUCUCGCA